AGACGCCCCCGAGGGGCAGUGGUGGAGAUCUACGGCGAUCCCAAGAUCCAGGCAGCCCCGCCCCACCUGGAGAGAUCCAAGAGGUCACGCUCCAGUAGUCAUGUCAGUCAGCGUCCAUGAGAACCGUAAAUCCAGGACCAGCACCGGCUCAAUGAAUAUCUUGCUGUUCCACAAAGCCUCUCAUUCAGACUGUGUCUUGUCUCACCUCAACGCAAUGAGAAAGCACUGCAUGUUCACAGAUGUUACACUCUCUGCAGGGAACAAAUCCUUUUCGUGCCACCGUGCAGUGUUAGCUGCUUCCAGUCGAUAUUUUGAAGCCAUGUUCAGCAACGGCCUUCGCGAGAGCUUAGGGGAUGAAGUCAAUUUCCAUGACAGCCUCCAUCCAGAGGUGUUGGAACUGCUGCUGGACUACGCUUACUCAUCCAAGAUCAUCAUCAACGAGGAGAAUGCAGAGUCCCUCCUGGAAGCUGGAGACAUGUUGCAGUUUCAUGACGUCCGAGAUGCAGCUGCAGAGUUCCUCGAGAAGAACCUUUGUCCUUCCAAUUGCUUGGGGAUGAUGGUCCUGUCAGAUGCUCACCAGUGCAAGAGGCUUUACGAGUUCUCUUGGAGGAUGUGCUUGGUCAACUUUGAGACGAUCCACAGGACUGAUGAAUUUAACAACCUCUCCAAGGAUACGCUGCUGGACUUGAUUUCCAGCGAUGAACUAGAAAUUGAGGAUGAGGAGAAGGUCUUCAAGGCAGUUAUCCAUUGGGUGAAGUACGACUUGGACAAAAGGAAGCCCUUUCUCCCAGAGCUUCUAAAGAACGUGCGGUUGGCCUUGCUGCCUUCUGAAUGCCUCAAAGAAGCCAUGGCCUACGAGGAGCUGAUCACCACAGAGGAGGAGAACAAGGAAAUCAUGGGUGAAGCUCUUUGGUGCAAGAAGAAAAUCCUGCAGAACGAUGGGGUGGUCACCAGUCCUUGCGCCAAGCCCCGCAAAGCUGGGCACACGCUGCUUAUCUUAGGUGGGCAGACAUUCAUGUGUGACAAAGUCUAUCAAGUCGACCACAAAGCAAAAGAGAUCAUCCCUAAAUCAGACCUGCCCAGCCCGCGGAAAGAGUUCAGCGCCUGUGCCAUCGGCUGCAAAGUUUACAUCACUGGAGGGAGAGGCUCAGAAAAUGGGGUGUCCAAGGAUGUCUGGGUCUAUGACACGGUCAACGAAGAAUGGUCCAAAGCUGCCCCCAUGCUGAUUGCUCGGUUUGGACACGGCUCAGCCGAGCUUGAGAACUGCCUCUAUGUUGUGGGUGGUCACACCGCAGUGGCGGGCAUUUUUCCUGCUUCUCCUUCGGUUUCACUGAAGCAGGGGGAGAAAUAUGAUCCGGUUGUCAAUAAGUGGACCAUGGUUGCUCCCCUGAGGGAUGGGGUCAGCAAUGCUGCAGUUGUAAGCGCCCGGCUCAAGCUUUAUGUCUUUGGUGGGACCAGCAUUCACCGGGAUAUGGUGUCCAAAGUCCAGUGCUAUGAUCCGACUGAGAACCGGUGGACUAUCAAAGCUGAAUGCCCCCAACCCUGGCGUUACACGGCUGCUGCUGUCUUGGGUAGCCAGAUUUUUAUCAUGGGGGGAGACACGGAAUACACCGCGGCGUCUGCUUACCGUUUCAACUGUGAAACGGAUCAGUGGACCCGCAUUGGGGACAUGACGGCUAAGCGGAUGUCCUGCCAUGCAUUGGCUUCAGGAAACAAGCUGUAUGUAGUAGGGGGCUACUUUGGGACGCAGAGAUGCAAAACGUUGGACUGUUACGACCCCACUUCCGAUACCUGGAACUGUAUCACCACGGUGCCUUAUUCCCUCAUCCCCACAGCUUUUGUUAGCACAUGGAAACACUUGCCUGCCUGACACACGGGAGCACUGAUUACAAUGGAGCACAAGAGAUGAGGCAUUUGCUGCGUCAAUACUACAAUGGAAGCUACACCAGUAGCUGAAGACACCAGCUUUGCUUUCUGAUUGCUCUCACACAGUCCGGUCUAUUGGUAUGCCAUCUUGGGAUCUCAGUCGGUUCCCAGAGCUUGGAUGGAUGGAAAGGCUGAGCGCUCCUGUUGACUUUCUCCAAGAAAAAGGGAACAAAGCUGCAACAAAGUCCUUCUAUCAGGACAGUCUUGUUUGCUCCUUGCAGGUAUCACUUUGAUCCCAGGUAGUAUGGAGAAGUAGCCUUAAAAAAGCCUUGAUGAUUUCCAUUCGAGGACAUUAGAAACUCCCUUCUCUGGGGGAAUGAAGCACAACCGUAUCAGCAAGGGCUUGAAUUACACCAGAUGAUGUUGUUGUUGAUGAUGAUUUGUACUUUGAUGUGACCAGGAGUUCUAGUAAAUGUUAAUAAAAGUAUUUGUAUUGCA